UCCGUGGAAGACGUGGCGACUAGUGAUUGGCUACAUAUCCCGCCCUUUGUUCUCCAUAAGUACGCUGCAAACUAAGAUAUUAGAAGGCGGUGCCGGCGGUGAAUGUCUAUAAGGUUCCUAAAUCACCCUUAUACUUCCAACAAAUUUGCAUGGACUAUCAACUUCCAAGUAGCGAGGGUCAAGCAGUCGUCAGAGGGGUAUUUUAGAGAUUUUGACCAAAAAAUGGCUGAUUGGGGUUCUCAAACCCCUUGUUUUCCCGCAACAUGGAAAAGAAAAGAAAAGCAAUAGCUUGAUUCAACGAAAAUUACUGAGAAAGUGUGCGGAUUGUGAUGUAUUUCCAGUCCACUGGCCAGAACCAGAGACCCAGAGGGUUUAAUGUCAAGCAGGCCUUUAAGUUUACAUUAACUUUAGCCGUUUGCAUCUGGUUGCUAUACCAAUUCAAGCAUUCAAACAACGAAAAGGAUGUUGGGAGUUUACAAAGUGAAGGAAACAGUGUUAUGAUAUUGGGGCGCAAAGGGGAUGUGGAGUUGAGUGAUAAAGGUUUGUAUGUGUCUGACUUGAAAGAUAUAACUCUUGAAGCGGAAGGAAAACAGAAAGAUAGAGGUGGCGGAGAUGAUGAUUUGGAUGGAAUUGUUGAUGAGAAAGGGGAAAAUGAAUCUUUAGACAAGGGAAAUCAAUACAUUCAUGGCGAUGUCAAGACUAAGGUAGAGGAGGGGAAGAAAAUGGAGCUAGAAAUACCAUAUAAUAUUUCAGCAAAUAGUGAAAAGAUUGAAACCGAAAUGAGAGACAAUGAUAAUGAAGUUUCCAGUGAAGAUAAUUCCCGAGAAGGACUACAAAAUUCAAAGAGAAUUGUGUCCAAACGUGAUGGGCUAGGGGAUGAGCAGGACCAGAAAAGCCAAAAUAUUUCUGAUGAAAGAGGAAAUAAGAGUGGUGGUAAUCUUGUUGAGCAAGGAGAUGACAAGGACUUGGAAAGUUACACCAAAGAACUACAAAGAGAUGAGGAAACAAGUAUUGGUGCUCUUAAACAAGGCAAACAUGACGAAACAGGUUCAAGCAAAGAGAAUGAAGAUAAAAACCUUGGAAGUAAGGAGAUAACCAAGCAUGUGAAUGGUACAGAGAAUGCCACUGUUCUUGGCUCAAAUGAAGUUGCAAAUCAAUUACAUGGCUUUCGUGAUGAGAAUGGUGUUCCUCAGGGUGGCAAUGAUCUUGUAGAAUUCACAUUGGCUAAGUCAAGAGAUGGUCAAGCAAAGAAUAUUUUACAUCAAGAAACCGUCUCAAGUUUGAACCAUACAAGUCAGAUCACUAAAGGCCCCCAAAUUGAAGAAGGGGCACCUAAAUCAGAAAGAAAUGCUGCUGAUACUGAAACAGAAACUCAGAGCAAAAAAGAAGGCUCAAAAAGUGAUGCAGUUUUAGAUGUAGGAAUCGAUUCUGAAUCUAAGUUUCAAAUACAGAAAUAGCACAAGCAAGAUAGUGUAGUUAGAGAUUACAAGAGAUAUAAGAAUUAUAUAAGCUGAGAUGAGUAUAAUAUGUGAUAUUAUCACUUUGUUUUCUUUGAGGCUGUACAAUAUAUGUACAAUAUACUUUGAGACCAUGAUCUAAUGUAAAGCUUUUAUAUUUAGGCCUUCCGUUGUAGCCUUCUCCUAGUGAAAUCAUGGUGCAUGUAUGUUGCAUUUUAUCACCUUUUGCGCCUGAACAGUACUUGAGGAACAAUUUCAGUUUCAACUAACGUUUAUUUGGCGUGAUCUUUCAUCCCAUUUUUACAUAAUACCAUCAGGGUAAUUCUUCCAGCUUCACUGCUAUUGAAGACUAGACUGAUGAAAGACUCAGCUUUAAUUAUGGAACCAAGCGUUUAAUGUUUUGGAAGCUUGGAUCAUCCUUGCCAGGGGACAUGGACAAUUUUUUUGUUGUUGUGUUGUCAGAAUCAUUGUUGUUGUUUUCUUCUUGACCUACGUGAGUUGCAGAAGGACAUUGUGGCAGUACGGCCUGUUUUUGAGUGACAUGAUGACAAUUACUAGUUGACUUGCCUUCGAUCUAGCUAUUGCUUUUCAUUUUAGUUUUUGGCUGACAGUGUCCAAUGUUUUCAGAAAACCUCUGGUUCUAAUAGGUUACAGCUGCUGAUAUUUUUCUAACUUCCAUGAAAUUUGUGGCCGCCUCAAGCCUCGCGAUUUUAGCACCAUUCAAGGUAUAAUCAUUGCUCUUCUAGUGUUGAAUAUGAUUUCAUAUCAUUAUGUCGUUAAAACACAGUUUUAGAGCUAGUGGAAACGAUCCUGCCAAAGUGACAGUGGUUGGGUAGUCUCAAUCUAGGAUCUAAAUGCAUGGACUUAAGACAUUUCAUGGAAAAAUAUGCUUCCUCAGUAUCUGUGCAUAUCAUACCAUCAUUUUAUUUAUUAGGAUAUUACCUUGUAGUAUUUGAUAGGGUAAUUUUUUUGGAUCCCUUCCUUUUGGACUCGUGGCUUGUAAAAAUU